AAAGUUGAGUAAAGUGUACUGGAGUCGUUGAGUCGUAUUCCGUGUAAAUUGUUUAUUAUUCAAUUAAAAGCAUUUAACAUAUUUUAUAUUGCCUACAAUUAUUUUUACGUUUUACAUACCAUUAAUUACGUGGAAAAUACUCAUUAAAAAUGGAGAACGUCUUAGAAAAACAACUAUUGAAAGUGGCAGAAUCAAUCGAGCAAAAGCUUGAUCAAGAAAUACAGAAACUUGACGAGUUGGAUUUAGAUAGUAUUGAAAACAUACGAGAACACCGCUUGCAACAAAUGAAAAAAAUGAUCAAACAGAAGGAAGAGUGGAUGGCUAAAGGACAUGGAGAAUAUGAAGAAUUAAGUGAUGAGAAAAGUUUCUUCGAAAAAUCAAAACUGAGUCCUAACAUGGUGUUACACUUUUAUAAAGAUGGAUCGACUCGAUGCAAAAUAGUUGAUCAUCAUUUAAAAAUAUUAUGUGCACAACAUUUGGAAACACGUUUUGUUAAACUAAAUGUUACACGUUUUCCUUUUCUGACAGAACGCAUGAAAAUCCGAGUCAUACCAACCAUUGUGUCAAUAGUUGAUAGUAUAUCUAAAGACUUUAUUGUUGGUUUUACUGAAUUAGGGAAUUGUGAUGAUUUCUCAACCGAGAUGUUGGAAUGGCGUUUAGCACGUUCACAAGUUAUUGAUUAUAAGGGAGACUUAAUUAAUCCACCAGAUGUAGUCAAGAACAACCGAACAAUGUUAUUAGAGAAAAAUAAGACAAUAAGAGGUUAUAUAGGAAAUGAUUCCGAUGGUCUAGAUUCAGAUUAAUCUGGUCUGGAAUGUAAAACUAAUGUACUAAUAAUAUACAUAAAUAUACUAAUAUAAAUGAUAAUUAAAUUUUUUUUAACACUUAUGUUUGUUAAUCCUGUUAACCACUGCUGUUGAAUAUUUUUUACAUUCCUACAAGAAUUUUCAAAUUUAUUACAUUUAGUGAAUAUGGCAUUUUUUUACCUAUGAUUUUUAUUUUAUUCUUAAUAAACUUUAAUAUUAUUUUUUUAAUUAGUAUUUUUAAAUGCUCAUUUAAGUUACUUAUUCCAGCACAAACAAAAAAAAAAAAUUAAUUUGUAAGUUUGUUGUUAAAUUAAAUAUAACACACACUGACAAGCUUAGUCUAUACCCAACGUUUAAUUUAUUUUUAAUUUUUGUAUACAAUAAAAUUAUUUCAUUAAU